AUGCUGGCUUCAAAGUCAUGGCUGAAUGCAUACAUUCUGACCUUCAACUGUGCGAGAAACACAAUUGAUACCCAUACAUUUGCCUCCCAUUUAUUUGAUGGGCUUUCAAAGGACUCCGAUCCGGUUAAUUACCCAGAAGUCUUGGUCCUAUCACUGCAAGAAGUCGCGCCCAUUGCCUAUGCAUUUCUCGGAGGGCCAUUUCUCGAAUGGUACUUUGAUGCGUUUCGACUUGCUGUUGACCUGGCGACACCUGAGGACCAGCGAUAUCAAAAUGUCAUGACAAAAAAUGUGGGGAUGACUGCAAUCAUGGUGUUCGUCCGAGAUGAUUUUGUCGACCGCAUAGCCUGGAAAGAGGAGGCAGAGGUUGGAGUUGGGGUCCACCAGGCUGGAAACAAAGGUGCUGUUGGAGCAAGAAUAGGAUACCAAGUGGACUACGAUAGUGAGGAUCAGCUUGCCUUAACGUUUAUCUCAUUGCACCUUGCCCCAGAUGAAAGCGCCUUAGAACGAAGGAACCAAGAUUGGAAAGAUAUAUGCCAGAGACUCGUCUUCACUGGCUGCGAUGUAGCGGGCCAGCCAGUAGGCCCAGGGGCCCAACAUCGACAGUACGACGAAGAAGGAACACCGCUAAUCCCAAGCUACCGCGGGACAUCAGGGGACAGUGGGAUGUACUCACUGGGUACGUAUCUAUUUGUUGCGGGCGACGUUAACUAUCGCACAUCACAUAGAGAUCCUCAGCCUGGCGAUAUAUCCUCAUUUCCUCAGCCUACAAACGACACAAGCAGUAGAAACCACUAUAUGCGCCUAUUGGCUCAUGACCAACUCACAAAGGAGCGACUAGCAAACAGAACUAUGCAUCAUCUCUCAGAACAGCACAUUGCAUUUCCGCCAACAUACAAAUACUCACUAGAAGCCCGCCAGGGAAGCCUGCAUCACCCCGAGGCGGGCUUCAAGUGGGCCAAAAAUCGGUGGCCGAGCUGGUGUGAUCGCAUAUUAUACCUGGAAAAUCCAUACCCGGGAGAUCAGUCUUCCAAAGUCCAAGUCCAUCAUUACGGUAUACUGCCACUUUUCCAGACUUCGGAUCACCGCGCGGUCGUGCUGUCUCUCUCAGUUCCUCUUAAGGCUCCUCCAGCCAUCCAGGACUCCAUAUUUUCCCCUCCUUUCUCCCCUCCUUUUGAUAUUGAUCCCGAAUGGCAAAGCAAACGUUCACUUGCUAGGAAGAAGGAGGUUGCUAUAGGCAUCAUGGCCUAUCUUGCUCUAACCUGGGAGGGCAAUGGAUUAAUAUUAGCGACGAUUUUAGGACUUGCUGCUGGAUACUUCACACUUUACGGCCUUGGAUAG